UUAAGAAGGAAUUAUUCGGAAAAGUUGAAGAAUUUGAUGACACUCUGGUUAGUGGGUUGGACAGAAGCUGGAAAAAACCACCUGGUGUGGCUGCUAAACUCAUAGAUUGUAAAUCAUCUAAAGGAUUUUAUUUUAUUGAGUAUACGCUGCAAAGUCCUGGUGAGGGUCGCAAACAUCUAUAUUCAGCUAUUGGGAUGUUAACAGAUGGUUGGUAUAACAGACUGUAUACAGCGACAGGACAGGAAUUCAAAUUUCCAGAAUACACAGAAGUGAAAAAAUGCUAUCCUCAUGGAUUCCAUGGGGUUGAUAAAUGUGGCAGGUCUGUGUAUAUCGAGAGAAUUGGGAUGAUAGAUGUUAACAAACUGUGGCAAAUAACCACACAAGAAAGGCUUAUCAAGCAUCAUGUGUCAGAACAAGAGAAAACCCUAAGAGUAAGAUACCCUGCAUGUUCAUUAGCAGCCAAAAGACACAUAGCAUCCACCACAAGUAUCUUGGAUGGCAAUGGAGUAGGAAUGUCUAAUUUCUCAGAGCCUGCAAGUGGGAUGAAUUUGCAGAAUGAGGUGGAUUUAUUGAGUAAAAUUCAGCAUCCAAAUAUAAUUUCUUUACUCGGUUGUAGCAUUAAUGGAGACAUGAGAUUUAUUGUGAAAAUCUCAUGGCUCAGGAUUGACUUGGCAUAUGAGAAUGAAGAUUGCUCUUGACACAGCAAGUGACUUCAUAGAUGAUUGGGUGAAAAUUGGGUUAUCUUCCAAAGUCAAGGUUCUAAAAGAACAUGAAUGCAAUGAUUUCAAAGAACAAUGCAAAUUCUGUGAAAUGGAAACCUGAAGACAUAUCCAUAUGUUGAUAGAUAAAUAAGGAACAAGAACUUAGCACUACUGGGAGGUUACUAUGAUUUUGUGAAUGGAGAAUCCAAGCCGUGGAAGUAUAAGACUCAUGUCACUAAACCCGUUACCAUCCCUCUAAAAGGCCUUGACAUGACUAUCUAAAUCCUCAAGGAUUCGAUCUUUGAACCACUAUCUCAAUUCUCAAGUGACAUAGAAACAAGAAGACAAUGCGGUUGCUUGAUGUGCUUACCGGUCAGGAAUAUGAUUUCCGCCUCAUUACCGCUGAGCGUAACAAGGCUGAAAAAUCCUUGGGAGGAGGUUGGUUCCAGUUUGUUAGGGACAAUCACCUACAAGAGGACGACAAGUAGCUAUUUGAUUUGGGUGUCUUUCCUACAAUGUUGUUUGUUGAGGUGGUUCGUAGAAAUAAUCUUGCUUUAAGAAAAGUUCUAAUCCUUUGGCAGUUGUAUGCUGACAUGUAUUGUAUGACGACAAGCUGCUAUUUGAUUUAGGUGUUCCUCCUACAAUGUUGUUUGUUGAGGUGGUUCGUAGAAAUAAUCUUGCUUUAAGAAAA